UCGAGCCUCGAACAGGUUCAUUCAUCCAAAUAUCAGACGUGACGGCGAGAAGAGUGAGAGAGCUAUUUCAACUAUAGAAGCGUCGCGGGUUCACUAUUCAGUGCUUAGCUCUCUUAUACGGAUGCCUGUAUCGAAGGAUUUACUAGUGUCAGUUUUGAGUGGACGACGGAUUACUAAGCUCCAUGCGACUGUGAACAAUUAAGUUCUUGUGUUAAAUUUAAAUCCAACUAUUGUUUUGCGCGAACGUGGAAUGAACCAGGGUCCAGAGACGACCGAUUUCUGCAGUGUUUUAAUAAUUACUUGACAAUUUUUAAUCUUUAAACUUUGGUUGAAUUAGUCGUUAGUGAUAACAGGCACGCCAUGCUGUCCUUUAACAGUUCACGGGAGCAUUCGUAUUAUAUAUAGGUCUAUGUUUUGCUUGUGUUUAACCGGCUGAUCAGGGAUAUAUUUUGGGUUAUUUUUGAGUUUUUGUGAGUUGGUACCGUAAUUAGUAACGGAAUGCGACAAGAUAUACCUUACCUGUGUUUUCUAUUGGUACAUAUUUUGGUGUUAAUACAGGGAUGUUUUAGCACUCAACAACACGUGGAUAAUGUGUUUUUAAAUCCUCGGCAAGCCGAAUACGUUAAAAGCUUAGACAAUUAUGUGGUGUCUCUACCAAGUCGCGUGGACGAAACGGGAGCCUUCAUAGGUCACGAACUACACGCGCAUAAUUUACACAAAAGAAGUUUAGGACCUGAUUCAGGAGACAAUGUAGUACUUCAUUAUAAAAUUCCAAUAGGAAAUGAGGAAAUUAUUAUACAAGUGAAAGAAAACAAAAAACUUUAUUCCAAAUCAACGAUAGUUGAAAGACGGACCAACAAGUUUAAAAAUGUGUCGGAUUCAACAUUUAAACACCUAGAGAGACAGGGAUGUCAUUAUAGCGGUCAUGUGGUCGGAGACGUGAAUUCCAAGGUGGCCAUAGCAGCUUGUGAUGGCUUGACGGGAUUAGUGCACACAAAAAAUGAAGAAUACUUCAUCGAACCCGUUAAAGAUCACGACUGGCGAACGAUUCCACAACAUCCCCACAUUGUCUACAAACGUUCGGCAUUACCGGCACAUUGGGAUAUACACAGAAGCAGUGAAAAUAUUGUGAAAGACAGUAAAGAGACUGGUUCUUGUGGCGUUAAAGAUGAAACAGAUCGAGCUAUAAAACGCCGAGAAAGAUGGCAGAAACACCACAACAACCACAGUCCGAAACAAGAACCAAAACAACACAGUCGACGAAAACGUUCAAUAUCUACAGAGAAAUAUGUCGAAACGUUGAUUGUCAUCGAUCCGGUUAUGACCAAAUAUUAUCAAAACGAAGAUCUAGAAAAUUACGUCCUUACUGUUAUGAAUAUGGUAGCUACGAUGUUUCAUGAUGCUACUAUUGGUAACGCUGUUAACAUAGCCAUUGUUAGAAUAAUGAUUCUUGAAGAUGAUCAGGAAACAUUAACAAUCACUCACCAUGCCGAUAAUUCAUUACGUAGUUUUUGUAAAUGGCAGAAGACAAUUAAUUUCCCUGGUGAAGAUCAUCCCAAUCAUCACGAUGUAGCCCUACUUCUUACCAGACAUAAUAUUUGUUCUCGUAUGAAUGAACCGUGUAGUACUCUAGGUUUAGCUCAGGUAGCAGGAUUAUGUCAAUCCCACAGAUCGUGUAAUAUAGAUGAAGAUACAGGACUAGCUCUAGCUUUUACCAUAGCUCAUGAAAUAGGACACAAUUUUGGUAUGAAACAUGAUCUACAAGAUAGUGAGUGUGCUUCACCCGAAGAUAAACAGUACGUAAUGGCUCCUCACCUUGUAGCUGACAGUACACCAAUGGCUUGGUCAGCUUGCAGCAGAGAAUCAAUCACCAAAUUCUUAGAUCGUGAUUGGGGUUUCUGUCUGGACGAUGAACCAACAACCAACGAGUUUCAGUAUCCAUCGAAACCAGCGGGUAUUAUGUAUGAUGCUGAUCAUCAAUGUAGACUCUUGUACAGUGACGAUGCUGCUUUAUGUGAGGGCAUUGAAGUUAUAGAGAAUAUCUGUACAACGCUGUGGUGUAGAGUGGAUAAUAAAUGUUCAACUAAAUUACAAGCAGCAGCAGAAGGAACUAUAUGUGGUGAUAAUAAAUGGUGUUAUGCUGGUAAAUGUGUGGAGAUUGGUGAUAGACCAGAUGCUAUUAAUGGUGAAUGGGGAGAAUGGGGAUCUUGGACCGACUGUUCUAGAACUUGUGGUGCUGGUAUAUCUGUAUCUCAAAGACAUUGCGAAAAUCCACAGCCAUCACAUGGAGGAAGGUAUUGUCUGGGUGAGAGAAAAAGAUACAAAACAUGUAAUACUAAGCCAUGUCCAGAAGAUGGUUUAGAUUUCCGCCAUUAUCAAUGUUUACAGUUUAAUCACGUGCCAUACAAAAAUGGUUUACAUGAAUGGUCUCCCGUCCCUACUCCUAAUACACCAUGCCAGCUUCACUGUAAACCUAACGAUAAGUUUUUUUCCGUCAUGUUAAAAGAUACCGUAACAGAUGGUACACCGUGUAUGCCAGGAACAAGAAAUAUGUGUAUCAGCGGUAGAUGUCGGCAUGUGGGAUGUGAUUGGGGUAUAGAUUCUAGUGCCACUGAAGAUAUUUGUGGUGUUUGUUAUGGAGAUGGCUCAACAUGUCAGACAGUCAAACAACAAUUUAACCUCACAGAAAAACUAGGUUAUGUAGAAGCUGCUAUUAUACCCGCUGGAGCUAGAAAUAUCCGUGUUGAAGAAGUUGCGGAAGCUAAUAAUUUCCUAGCUUUAAAGAAUGAUAAUGAUGUAUACUAUUUAAAUGGGCAUUGGUUUAUACAGUGGAGUGGUGAUUACGAGGUGGCUGGGACUGUCGUGCACUAUACAAGAACUGGUAACAGCAAGGAAAGGUUCAUGGCUCCAGGACCAAUAAAAGAACCGUUACAUGUUAUGUUAUUACUACAAACAGACAAUCAGGGUAUAGAGUUUGAAUAUACAGUACCUAAAGUGAAUGCUACAGAUACUAGUAAACCCGAGUUUACCUGGAGAUAUACUGACCUAUCACAUUGUACUGUCUCUUGUGGUGGAGGAAUGAAGAGAUCUCGAGUUGUUUGUAUGGAGAAGGAAUCUGGUAUUGUAGAUGAUAUGUAUUGUAAUAAAACAUCUAAACCUGAUGAUAAAUCUAAAUCGUGUAACGAACAUCUUUGUCCACCAAGGUGGUGGACUGGUCCAUGGCAACGGUGUUCAGUUACGUGUGGACCAAAUGGUUAUCAUCGUAGAACAGUGAUCUGUGUUAGGAGUGUUAAACCAGAUGAACAGAUAGCAUUAGAAGAUGAUAAAUGCGAAGGAUUGACUAAACCCACAGAAGUAGAACCUUGUCACCAUAAAGAUUCUUGUCCUGGUUUUACUAAAUGGAUUGUUGGACAUUGGUCAAGCUGUAAUGAAAAUGUAUGUCUGGAGAAAUAUCGAACAGUAGAAUGUGAUAGUCCUACUGUUGGCUGUGACAUGAUGACCAAACCUAUAGAUAAAUUACCAUGUAGUAAUAUAACUUGUGGUCAGUGGGUCUCUACAGAUUGGUCUAAUUGUUCUGUGGAGUGUGGUGGAGGAUUGCAGCAUAGAGGUGUGUUAUGUGAGAACAGUCACGUCUGUGAUAUAGAAACAAAACCUCAAGCAGAGCAAACAUGUAAUAUCCAAUCAUGCCCACAACCAGAAACAACAACCCAAGUUCCCAAGGAACCCUAUACGCCGCCAUCACAAACCACUGCAGAAUCAAGUGAAAGAGAUUCGGGUAAGGAGAAUGCCAUUGAUCUAUCCGUCUACGAGAACACGCUCACUAAUAAAAAGUUGGUGGAUAAAUCCAUGCCAGAUGAGAUGCAGAAUGCCCUAAAGAUAUUAAACGGUGAGGAAAAGCCCAUAGAGCUUGGAUCAGAUACUGUUCACAUCAGUAGCAACAGCGAAAUCCUGACACCGGAGAUACACGAUGUGAACAACCAGGUCGACGACGGUACAACGCAACACAAACAUCGUCAUGGACAUCAAAAACAUCAUCGUCAUUCUCAUACACAGACAUCUACAGCUUCCAUAAUAGAUAUAUCGAAAUCUUUAGAUGAAACGAAAAAUAUCCCAGAAAUAUUUGAUAUAAAAGAAGGUGGUGUUUAUCCCGAUACUUCAGAUGAAGAUGUCGAGGAUGAAACUGCAGAUGAUUAUCAAUGGACAACUGAAGACUGGACUGAGUGUUCCAAGACGUGUGGAUCUAGUACUAGGACGAGAGUUAUUACAUGUAGCGAUAUGAACACCAAUAUAGUAGUCAGUAGUCACCAUUGUAAAGAUAUAGACAGACCAAGUAUGGAAGAACGAUGUCUUCUAGAUCCCUGUUUAAAAUGGAGAACAACAGAAUGGGGACAGUGUUCUGCAACCUGUGGAUAUGCUACGAGAACUCGUCUUGUUCGUUGCCCGACCGUGGGUAAAUGUGACCCAACAGAAAAACCCAACCAUGUUGAAGAAUGUCAUCUCCAACCCUGUACAGCUUGGGUGUCAGGAGACUGGAGUAAAUGCAGUAAAUCAUGUGAUGGUGGAUGGCAGGAACGAUUAGUCAAAUGUGUCAAUUUGACGUCACAGCAAUCGUCUGACGUAUGUCAACAAGGUUUUAAACCAAACGGUAAACAGCAGUGUAAUAAAGAUGAAUGCCCCACAGAAACAGGGGCAUUAACAGUGACCUGUGCGUCAAAAGAAAUGAGUUACCGAGUGUGUCGUAUGCUAAAAAGACUAAAUCACUGUAGUAAGCCAUUUGUUAUGGCCAAAUGCUGUAGAACUUGUGGAAAUCACAGACGUGAAAAGACCAAGCCACUAUUCAGUACUAGAUAACAAAAAUGAAAAACUAAUUUACUGUUUUAUUUUAUGUGAUACCUGCUCAAUUUAAGUAUUGAAAUAAACCUAUUGGAUUUAAAACUAAAACUUAAAUACGAAGAGAGGAAAUCUGAUUGGUUGAGAACGAAUGGAAUCCAGAGAGAAUAGUUAUGUGUUAAAUACAUUGGACAUCCGAUACAAAGAAUAAAGAAAGGGGAUGAGUGUUGUAUUAAUGGUUUAUUAAGUAGACAGACGGUGAAGCACCACUGAACUAUAGAUUACGGAUUUCAUAAACCAAUAAAGAUGUGUUUUCUGAUCCAUUCAGGAGAAAGGGUUGUUCAUGUAAAACAAAAUCACAAGGGAAAUGGUUGGCUAUGUGGAUUUCCUAAAUGAAUGAACGUUUCCAGUUAAAGUCCCUAAUCGUCACUUGAGGCAAUAAGAAUCCCUCGCAACCUACAAUAAAAGGCACAUUAGUCCAACAGGGUUCAAAUCCGUUUAGUAUUUGCAAAGAUAUGAUGAAAUGAAAAUAUUGCAACGUUCUUCAUCUCUGUAGACGACAUAAACAAACCACCGCCACAUAGGGGUGUUAUGUAAUGUCUUUUGAUCGACCUCUUCUUAAUCUGAUUUAAGCCAAACCGGGGGAUUAUCUACCUUGAUAUUUUGUUUUUGUUUUCUGGUAUCAGUGUUGAAUAAUUAAUUUGAAUACAUCAGUGGAUUUAGCAGUUGGAUUUUGGCCAAAACGUGCAAGUGACAAGCACCGUCUUUACGUACACCUUGGAAGCCCAUUUAUCAGCCAUAAAUUAUAAGCCAUAUAGGCUGAUACUACCUUUUAUCUUCCCCACUAAUAAGCUUUAUACAUUCUUGUUCUUGUCUUGUAUUUGUCAUGUUUUUAACACUUAAAACUAUUAGCAUCAAUAUUAUUAAUUGAUUUAUAUAAGCUGUUUACUGUACCAAAUGGACUAGGCCAAUAUAUGGUGCAAACUCGGUAACAUGGAAAGCACUGGAACACGGACAUCUUAUUUGAUUUAUUUAUAAUGGUUUUAUUUCCGAUUGUUUUUCAUGUUAUUGGACUGUCCGAAAAGAUCCACAGCGAAUCUAAACAGUAUAAAAAUUUCGCUAUAGAAAAUUUAUACAAGUACAUGUAAUGCAUCCGGUGCUGAAUGGGUUUUAGCUUUAUGAAUGUAUAUUUUAUUAGAUAACAAUACUUGACGAAUUUCAUGCAUAAUUAUUAGAGGUAAGCUCUAAACAGUAUUGAAGUCCUACCUCAAAAAAAAAACAUACUCUUUCGUUUAAGGCAUAUUAUUUUUUCGAUUUAACGCAGUGUCUAGUCAGGAUCUCUACUCUACGCCUCUUCUCCAAAUAUCAACGCGUUGGUUUUAUUUUGGAUGUUUUGUAUAUUUAUUUAUGGUAGUUGUAGUAUAAACCAUGUUUUUCUAAAUGGUACAGUCCAAUAGCUUUCCACAUCCAUUAUCCUAAAUAAUAACGGCAAAUGUGUUGUGUAGUUAUAAACUAAUAUUAGUCUGGUUUAAAUACCAAAGUACAUCAAUAAUUUGUUAGCUAUAUGAAAACCUUAAGAGAGAUGUGAUUUCAGGUGUUCUAGAACAUUAAGCACACCCUGUCUCAUGCACUAGUUAAUAUUUCUGUUACCUAUUUCUAUGAUAUUUUAAAUGAGUGAAAUGCAUCGAAACAUAAUCUGGUAAUUGUGAAUAAUUAUUAGACCUGUGGUGGUUAAUAACAUCGCUUUGCUGUAAUUUGUUUAAAGGAAUCCAUACACAUUUCCGUUAAUCUUUUUUUUUUAAAAUGAUUGAACAAGUACAUAUUUAUGUUCAUUAGUGCCAGAAACGUUACUGGAGCUAUACAGAUACCAAAGGGUAUUUAUAAAUAAGAUGUCAAUUCUUCGGUUGAUAUCUAUGGUGCAUUCUAGCACUUUAUAUGCAGUGAAUGUGCAAAUCAGUUUUAAAAUUGUUUUCAUAAGUACUACUUGUCAUCAUUUUAAUUAUUGUAUUGUUGAUAAUUACCCUUUAAGUAUCUUAUUAAAGUUACACUAAGACACCUCGUAAACAAGUAUCUUAUUAAAGUUACACUA